AUGUUCCCUGAGAGCGCGCAGACUGUAGGCACUGGCCCGCGCAGCCUGGAGCUGGCAAACCGCACCCGCUUCCCCUUCUUCUCCGACUUCAAGGGCGACCACCGGAUAGCGCUGAGCACCGUGGAGACUGUCGUUCUGGCGUUAAUCUUUGCGGUGUCGGUGCUGGGCAACCUGUGCGCCCUAGUGCUGGUGGCGCGCCGAAGGCGCGGAGGCACCACAGCUUGCCUUGUACUCAACCUUUUUUGCGCGGACCUGCUCUUCACCAGCGCGAUCCCGCCCGUGCUGGUUGUGCGCUGGACGGAGGCCUGGCUGCUGGGCCAGGUCGCCUGCCACCUGGUCUUCUACGUGAUGUGCCUGAGCGGCAGCGUCACCAUCCUCACCCUGGCUGCUGUCAGCUUGGAGCGCAUGGUGUGCAUCGUGCGCCUGCAGCGAGGAGUCCGUGGCCCCGGGCCGCGGACGCGGGCUUUGCUGCUCACGCUCAUCUGGGGCUACUCGGCGCUGACAGCCCUGCCUCUCUGCAUCUUCUUCCAGGUUGUCCCGCAACGACUCCUCGGCACCGACCAGGAAAUUCAAAUUUGCACCCUGGUGUGGCCCAACAUUGCCGGAGAGAUCUUUUGGGAUGUAUUCUUUGUUAUUUUGAACUUCUUGGUGCCAGGAUUCCUCAUUGUGAUCAGUUACUCCAAAAUUUUACAGAUCACAAAUGCAUCCAGGCGGAGGCUGACGACGAACAUGGCUUACUCAGAGAGCCAUCAGAUCCGCGUGUCCCAGCAGGACUUCCGUCUCUUCCGCACCCUCUUCCUGCUCAUGGUCUCCUUCUUCAUCAUGUGGAGCCCCAUCAUCAUCACCAUCCUCCUCAUCUUGAUCCAGAACUUCAAGCAAGACCUGGUCAUCUGGCCGUCCCUCUUCUUCUGGGUGGUGGCCUUCACGUUUGCCAACUCAGCCCUCAACCCCAUCCUCUACAACAUGUCACUGUUUAAGAAUGAAUGGAGGAAAAUUUUUCACUGCUUCUCGUUCCCAGAAAAGGGAGCCAUGUUUACAGACACAUCUGUCAGGAGAAAUGAUUUGUCUGUAAUUUCCAACUAAUUAAUUUUUCUCUCUAGGCAGAGUUUGUCGCUGUCCAUCAAACGUAUGUUGUCAAAGGGGCCAUAAUAUCAGCGUGCCCGACUUUAAGGAAAUGUAACCUCUGCAACUAUACAUUUACAGUACCAGUAAAUUAAGGGGUCAUCAUUCAGAAUAACCAUUUUGUCUUUUAGAAAAAAGAAUGUGCAAUAGGUUUCUUUAAGUAUGAACUUUGUAUAUGAUUGAACUUAAUACAUUUUUAUUUAUAACUGUCCAGCAAUCACAUCUACAUAUAAAGCCACACUUUGCUGGUUUUCAAAGUGAUUUUUGGAACUGACCUGAGAUCUGGAUUUCACCUCCAAAAGGUCAUGGCUACUCUAGAUCUCCACUCUGGACUUGCGAGGUGUCAUGAUCAUUAAUGUCAAGAGCAUUGGAGGAAUUUCCAAGGAGCAAUUAAAGAUGACUUUUUUUUUUUCACAUUUAAGAACUGUGGAUCCUUUAAGAGAAGCAGUGUCAUGAAGUCAGAGAAAGUGGGGUGAUUCCAACAUGUUUGAGAUGGAGAACACCCCCCAGCUGCCCCUGCAGCAUGCACUGCGACUAUGGUGCUGCAAAUACAGCAGUGAACUAGACAGUCACGGCCCCUGCCCUGGUGGAGCUUACAGACCUUCUAGUCAGGGGAAGAAACAUUAAACAGGAGUCAAUAAAUACUUUUGCAUCAUAAAGAAAGUAGGGCAGUGGUAGCAAUUUAGAUGCAGCAGGGAGGGGACAUGGAAGAACUUUCUGAUGAGUGAUAUUUUAGCCAAGAGAUCAACCACAAGAAAGAACCAGCCAUACAAAUCCAGGAGAACAGAGUUUUAAAGACAAGCAGAUGCUGGUACAGAGGCUGGUAUGUUUGUGGAACAGAAAGAAGAUGGUAUGAGCAAAUCAAGGCAAAUAUGGACCAAGAAAUUUGGCACUGCUGUUGGUGCUGGGGUAGAUGGGUGCCCUGCUGGGGGUCAUGGGUUGAAAGCAGGAAAGUUACAGGUCUGCUUAGGCCCCAUACAGGCCACCACAGGGUAUUUAUUCUGUAUUCAUUGGACAGUCACUGGAGUUUGCAACUGGAAACUGAUAGGGUCUGAUGUAUGUUUUUAAAUAUUACAAAAAAUGAACUUUGAGGAACCAGAAUAAAAAUGGAGACCAGUUAGGAGGCUGUUGAAUUGAAAAAGAAGAUGGGGAACAUGGAGGUGGGUGGUAUCACCAAGGGUUGGGAGAAAUGAUCUCAGGAAAGUAAAUGCUAUUUAUAGAUGGACAGGAUGUAGAGUAGGAGGGAAGAAGAGGAUUUAAGCAUGACUUCUAGGUUUUUAUCCUGCACUAGUAAAUGGUGGGACAGGCAAACAGUGUGGGGAAAUCUGGGAGAAAAGAGGUGGGAGAGCCAAGAGCUUCAUUCAGGGCAGCCAAGCUUGAAAAAACCUACUGAGGUGCAAGUAGGGAACAGGCAGCUAUUUGAAGGUAUGUGGAGCUCAGGCUUGAAGCUAGUGUUGGGGGUCAUUAGUCUUUAGAGGCCGACAUUUUCAUGAAAUAUCCCUGAGAGAAAAGGGAGGGAGGGGAGAAGAAACCAGAGCCAAAGAGAACCCAGGGACAUGCACUUGAAGGCUGGAUCAGUGACUGGAAAGUAAAAUCAGUGCUAGUUGGUGCUAUUGCUCAGGGAAUUCUAGAAUGGCUCCUUCCUACAGUAAGAUUUAUGGGAUCCACUGGAGAACAAGAGGACAGGGAUCUGUUGUUCAUCUCUAGUUAACAGAUUUGGUAAAUGAAAGCUGUAUUUUGAAGUGAUGUGUGGCUAUCUUAGGAAUCUCUGGGGUGGUCCACCUGCAGCUGGAGAGCUGGGCUCUCACAGGCCAUAUGACAACAGAUGACACUUCCGUACCUAGUCAAUUGUCUCUUCCCUCUUUGGUGAGGGAACAAAGCACAUAGGAAGGAGGGGCCCAAGAGUCUCCUUUGGGUCCUUGACAUGCCAGCACCCAGGCAGAGAUAUCCACACAUGAGAGAGGUGUAGCUCCUCCUUCCCUACACACUUUGUAGAUGCCAGCCUGGGAUCACAGAAUUACACCUGGGAUCCUCACUGCAUCCCACCAGGGAGGUGCUGUUAUCCUAUAUUUCACUAGAGAAGAGUGAGGCUCAGAGAAGUCAUGUAACAAGUGCCAAGUCACACAGCUUUUAUAUAGCUCAACUGGAUUUUAACUUACAAUCCAAACUCUCUGAUAUCAAAGCCUGACUGUUUCAAGAGGAGAAACUGCAGCAUCUGGGAACUCCUGGAAAACUGAAGUUUUGCAUGUGAUUAUACGAAAGCCUUCACAUGAGCUGCUGAUGGUGUGAGACACUGGUGUUCUAUCCUACUCCCAGCUACCAGACACCUCCUCCACCUGCCCAUCUACCCAUUUUUCUGCAAGUUUCAGGCAGGGGACACCAUGGUCUUUCUCUAGACCUGGAUUCCAGAACCCCAUGUCCCAAGUCCCCCAGGAAAGCCCAAGAUCUCUCCUCCUCAACAUUUUGAUCACAUCUAGAAAAAGAAGCAAAUUAAGUGCCAGAAGCAAUGAAGGAAUGGGGGUAUUUCUGAGAGCUCACCUAGAACAUGCCUCGCAACCUCUCAAACCAGCUGCAGGUGAGCCCACAUCCUGCACACCUCAUGGGCUGACUGAGGCCUGGGGCUGGCAGGCCCAGCCUAUACCCACCUGCUGGCAGCUAAGGUCUUCCUGGGUGAACAGGGAAACUCCUUUUUCAGGAAGUUGGGAAAAGCAACAGUCAUUGAUAAUGGAGAUUAGGCACAAGAAGAGGCCAAAGGUCAUAAAGAGUAGGAGGAAAGAAAACUUCCUGGGAUAUAAAAGUGCACCCUUCCCAUGUGCAGAAUUUCUCAUUUGACACACACACUUGAACACAAAGACCCAUUGCAUAGGAAACAGAUGACUGUGUUUUAAUAAAUCAAAAUCUGGAAUCUUAAGCCUCAAAUGAUUCCUUAGAAAACUCUAGUAACAAUAGACAUUUGAGUGCAAACAGGUCCACUUAUUUCCACAAACAUAAAUUUUUUUUGUGUGUACAGAAGAAGGUUUUAUGUUUGCUGAGGGGAGGAGAAGAGAGAGGGCCAACGUAAAUUAAGAUAAAUAGAAUUGACAGCUGAGAGUGAGUGGGACGUUUUUAGGUGAAACUUGACAUCCUCGAUGUUGCUACAAAAGGGUUUUUUCGGAUCUGCUAUUACAAUGACCUGAAAUAGAGAAAACAAAGCUAUUCAUGACAGAAGAUGUACCCAAUGUUUACUGUAGAUAAUGGAUAUCAGGAUGGCCUUUGGCCCCAACUGUUCAAAUCUUCUAAGGUUACAGGUUGCUGUGGCUGUAAUUCAUAAAUAAACUCGAGGCUGUUUCUAAAACCUGCUGGAUUUCUCUGGAGGCCAUGGGACUGAGAAAACAGAAUCUAGUGUAUGCA